UGAACACGUCAAAAUAUUUUUUUUCAGGCGAACAUACGAUAUGAUGUUUUGAAAAUGUUUUUAAGAACUAUUAAUAUAUUUCGGAGUGCAUAGAAAUUUAAUUAACGAGGCACAUGAAGAUAUCAUUUCGAAGGAGCUCCUAAAAACUAUCAAAAUGAAGGCAGUGUUAGCGACGGUGAUCAGUCUCGCGCUAACCACUGUGGUUAUCGGCAAUGCAUAUUACCAAAAGAAACAGUUUUACCCUUCGAUAGUUUAUUUAACAAAUUCAAAUCCAAGCAUGGCAGUAAUGUAUUUGCAAGCGUUUAUUUUAGUUUUAUUGGUGGGAAAAAUGCUAAGGAAAAUAUUCUUUGGUCAACUUCGACCUGCUGAGUUUGAGCAUUUAAUAGAAAGGUCAUGGUAUGCCAUAACAGAGACGUGCUUAGCAUUUACUGUCUUCAGAGAUGAUUUCAAUCCAAAGUUCAUUGCUCUCUUUACACUGUUGUUAUUCCUGAAAGCAUUCCACUGGCUUGCUGAAGAUAGAGUUGAUUAUAUGGAGAGAAGUCCUGUUAUUGGAUGGGUGUUUCACAUAAGGAUUCUAAGCUUGCUAAUGUUGUUGGCACACGCAGACUUCUACUUCAUUCACCAUGCGUAUCAUGUCACUACAUCAAAAGGCCCAUCGGUGCAGCUGGUAUUUGGUUUUGAGUACAGCAUACUUAUCAUCAUGAUUGCCAAUAUAUUGAUUAAGUAUGUUCUACAUGCCAUCGACUCUCGUUGGGAAGCACCGUGGGAGAGCAAAGCAGCAGUUCUAUUGUACACAGAACUUGCUAUAAAUUUCUUGAAAGUACUCCUCUAUAUUGGAUUUGUAGCUGUCAUGGUCCGCAUUUAUACUCUUCCGUUAUUUGCAUUCCGGCCCAUGUAUGAAACUAUGAGGAGUUUCAAGAAAGCAUACAAUGAUGUGGUCCUCUCCCGACGUGCAAUACGCAAUAUGAACACACUGUAUCCGGAUGCGACACAAGCAGAACUCGAAGCUGCUGAUAAUGAAUGUAUUAUUUGUCGAGAGGAGAUGCAUUCUGGUGCGAAGAAGCUGCCGUGCAACCACAUUUUCCACGCAGCGUGCCUCCGCCUGUGGUUCCAGCGCCAGCAGACGUGUCCGACGUGUCGCCUCAACGUGCUGCGCGCGCCCGCAGCCGAGCCCGGCGCCGCGCCCCGCGCCCCCGACGCUGCUCCCCCGCCGCCCCCUGCCGCCGCGCCCGCCCCGCCGCCCUUCCCCAACAUGCCGCCCCCACCACCAUUGAUGGCGUGGCCCCCGCCGCCGCCACCGCGACCCGCCAACCUCGCCGUACUCACUACUGCCGAGCUGCAACGUAUGGAGGGUAACGAACGCCGGAACAUUGAGGCUAGAUUACAGCUGCUACGCGAGAUCCAGGCCAUGCUGGACGCUUCUGUUCUCCUCAUGCAGCAGUACUCUACAGUCGUCGCUAACUCUGCUCAGAAUAACGUUAGUGUUGCCACACAAACCGAAACUCAACCCGACCCUGUCUCUGAAGUUAAAGUAAAAACUGAACCUGAUGUAGUCCCCAGUACAUCUGAGUACAGGUCGCCAUCUCCGGUGCCGUCGACCAGCAAACAGGAAAUCAAACCUGAGGAGUUGUCCGACGCAACUGAUUCCGAUAGAGUCAAGACUGACGCUGACACCGAGGAGUUGAGAAGACGUCGACUGCAAAAGUUUACCUUGGAUAAAUGAAGCAUAUUUUGUAUUAUUAUGUUUGAGACUAUCAUUGAUUUUCAUUAUUACAUUAUUUAUGUACAAAGUGUCUUGAUAUGUGUAAGCAUUGUGUAUUCUUGAUCGGUUAUGAUUAUGGAGUCGUAUUUAUGUUCUGUAAAUAUAAUGAAUACAUAAAUACAU